AUGAACCUCCAUGACGCCAUCAGCUUCGGAUGCUUGAAUCAGAAGAUUUCGCAAGCCCUGAAACGGCUGAAAGCUCUUUCAAACGUCGAGGUCGAAGGUGUUGUGUCACGAGCCAGUCUAGGGAAGGUUAGAGCCGAAUGGAAAAAAUCAGGACGCUCUGCAAACCUACUUGUAGACGUCAACGUUUACGGUCCCAACACUCCUGGAGUUGCUAAAACCGCUGGUAGAAUCCUCAGCAAUGCGAGACUCUUCCUACAACCCCCAAGCUUCGUUACACGGCUGGUCACAUAUGACAAUCCUCAAUAUCUUAAAUUGCCCAAUGUUUCAGAUUAUCAGCGAGAAGCUGUUGAUUUUCUGAACAGAAGAGAAACUGGGGACUUGUCUCUUUCACUCAGUCUUUGGAAACUUGACUCUCUUCCCGGUGGUUCAUUCUGUUACAAACACGUCAUCACUGGUGCAAAAAGUAGCGAGAUGGAGGACGCCCGGGGAGGCAUAUUUGCUGAUGAGAUGGGCCUAGGAAAGACACUAACGAUAUUGACUGUCAUCGUAGAGUCUCUGCAACGAGCGCUUAACUACGCUGUAGGGCUCACAAGAGGCUCAACAAACUCUUGGACAGAGACCGUCCCUUGCAAAACUACCCUCAUAAUUGUCCCCUCUUCGUGUAAACAUAUUGAACCUGGAACGCUCAUAGUUCAUCGCUUCCAUGGCUUAGGAAAACGUCUGGAUCUUGCUCAUCUACUUCGCACUGAUAUAGUUCUCACAACAUACGCGACUGUUGCUGCAGACUUUUGUCGUGGAAACAGUACACUGAACCGCAUUUCGUGGUACCGCCUAGUUUUGGACGAGGCUCACUACAUCCGCAACCCUUUACGGAAACAAUUUCGCGCCAUCCAAACCAUACCUGCACACAUCCGCUGGUGUUUGACAGGUACCCCGAUUCAGAACUCUUUAAACGACCUUGGUGCGCUCUUAAAGUUUUUACGAAUCCCGAUGCUUGAUGACCUGGCAUCGUUUCGCAAGCAUAUCAGCACACCAAUCCUGUCAAAGAACAACAAUCGUUUUGGUAACCUUAGCAGACUUCUAGAAGCCAUAUGUUUGCGUCGUACUAGAUUGAUCCUAAAGCAGCCUGAACCAGCCGAAGAAAUGAAACUCCUUCAGUUUUCCGCUGAAGAGCUGACGCAGUAUCGAGAUUAUACCGCGGUCUGUAGACACUCCAUCGACUUGGCUGUUGCAGGACAUAGCUUCAAGAAAGCUAAUCAGCAAGUUAUCCAGGCUAUUUUAGGUCUAAGGCUGUUCUGUAACGAUGGAGAAAAGUCUCUUGCCAAAAGAAGUUCAUCAUAUGGCCUCCCAACCUUACCGGAAGAAGUUCUGAGUUCCUUGCAGACUUCCGCGGAUGCUGUAUGCAUCCAGUGUGGCUGCGAAAUUACGGCAAUGUAUCAACGCGACGACAAAAGCUCAGGUGUACUGACUGUUUGUCAUCAUCUCAUAUGUGGUGAAUGUCUUACAGAUUUUGAAGCGGAUCUUGACGAAAACUCGGAAGAUGGACGUAGCUGCUGCCCGUUCUGCGGUUUCAGAGCAGAGAGGUCGUCAUUUGUUGUUGUACCUUCCUCGGACACGGAAAACCCUACAGAUGUACGGACUAUAGUGUGGCCUACAAAGUUGCGCGCAAUUCUUGACAGCGUUCAGCAACAAGGCUCAAGUGAUAAGUGCAUCGUAUUCUCUGCCUGGAAGACAACCCUCGACAUCAUGGCUAGCAUAUUCGACGUUGCCCUAGUCCCGUAUUUUCGUAUACAUGGUAGCAUACCAGCUAGUAGGAGGAGUAAAGUUCUUGACAAUUUUGAGCAGUCUACAACCACUCGAGUCUUGUUGAUAACACUAGGAACUGGAGCAGUCGGCUUGAACAAGAUGAAGGCUGCCAAUAUCAUACAUAUCAUUGAGCCCCAGUGGAACCCUUCAGUCGAGAAUCAGGCGAUUGGGCGCAUUAUACGACUUGGACAGGAAAAAGCUGUCAAGAUUUUCCGAUACAUCAUGAAAGGAAGUGU